AUGAGUCGAAGCCCAGAAAGGAUGUCUUCUUACCGUCGUCACUUCGAGGGGACACUGGCCUCCACCUCAACACUUCAAGUUCGAGUGUCAAGCCCGUCACCCACACGCCGAGAGACCCGUCACCGCUCAGCAAGCUACAACCGCAGCGCAAGCAUGGGGCGGAGAGCGCUCUCCGGCUCCAGAAAAUCACGCAUGACAAGCAGUGUGAGUAUGAGUGCUCUGUGUUUGGGCGUGGGGCUGGGGUCAGGCGCCCUCGAUCUCGAAGCAGCAGCAGCUGAGAACCAGGCCUUUCUCAGCACACGCACCAACGAGAGGCAAGAGAUGAUCACCCUGAAUGACCGACUGGCUGUGUAUAUCGAGAGGGUUCGCUCUCUUGAACAGCAGAAUAAAUUGCUGGAAGUGGAGAUUGAACACCUGCAGGGUCGUUCUUUCAAACCAUCAGGCCUGCGGAGGCUGUAUGAGGAGCAGCUGAGAGAUCUGAAGAGGAUCGCUGACCAGAUGAAGGUCCAGAGGGACCUGGCCAUAGCUGCCAAGGAGGCCAUGGCUGGCCAGUUGGAGAUGCUGAAGGCCAAAUUUGAAGAGGCUCUUGAGGCGAGGAAGAAAGCAGAGCUGGAUGUUGAAGGUUUCCGACCGGAUGUAGAUGGUGCAACAGCGGCUCGUAUCUCACUGGAGAAACAACUUGACAACCUGGAGGUGGAAUUGGACUUUUUACAAAGGGUUCACAAAGAGGAAAUGGAGGAGCUUAUGGCUCAGAUUUACAGCUCUGUGGCGAAAGUGGAUGUGUCCUUCACGCUGCCGGACAUGGCGUCUUCUCUUCAGCAGAUACAGGCCCAGUAUGACAGCAUCGCUGCAAGGAACCUACAGGAAAUGGACGCGUGGUACAAGACGAAGUUUCAGGAUCUGAACAAAGCAUCGACCAAACAUGUCGAAUCAGUCCGGAGUGUAAGAGAAGAAAUGGCUGCUUUGAAGAGAGAUAUUCAAAGUAAAGAACGCGAGCUGGAGUCUCUGAAGACCAAGAACGAAGCUUUGAUGGUGCAAAUCAGGGAAGCCCAAGAAAAACAUAAGAAAGAGGAGGAGGACUUACUGGCUCAUAUUGAGGCACUAAAGCUGGAGCAGAAAGUCACUAAGGAGAAGAUUGCUCACCUCCUCAGGGAGUACCAGGAUCUGCUGAACAUUAAGAUGGCUCUGGAAAUCGAAAUCACCACAUACAGGAAAUUAAUUGAAGGUGAGGACAGUCGCCUCAGUACCAAGGUCCAUGGCUUGUCUCUGAUGAGCAGUGCUGUGAGUGUUGCGGCCAGUGCAGGUCUGGGUGGUGCAGCUGGAGCUGCUUGGUCCAGUACUGCUGGGCAAGUCUCUGGUUCCACGACAGUGAUGGCCAUCUCCUCGAACGGAACCUCAACCACAGCGUCAUCCUCUCAGAAUCACGUGGAGAAACAUGUGGAGGAAUUCUCUGAGGAGCAGGCUGUGGAGAUGACUGAGAGGAAGACUGUCCUUAUCAGAACGGUUAAGACAGAGGAGGACACUAUUCAGAGCGACACACAGGAGCGCAUCAUCACCAUCUCUGGAGCAGCUGACGAGAUGGAGUAA